AUGUCGACCUCUGGUAAUCCUCACGCGCACAAAAUAAUAUUUACUAAGAAUACACCAAAUACCCACACUCUUCAGAAGAACGGAAAGAUGUGGUGUCUGGUGUGUGGAAAGUACGAUUCCGAGCAUCUGGGAAAAUGCACGGCUAAAAUUUCUCUCUCUGAACUUGAAAAGUUGAUUAAAGAAGUUGGAAUUGCUCCUGGAAAACCUGUGGAAUUUCCACAAGCAACAGUUCUUACAUUCUCUUCUACUAAAAAAUAUCACUCAAAAUUAUGAGAAUAAAAAGAAGCAAUUCUUGGAGCCAUAUUCCAGUGUCAUGUAUA